AUGUCUGCGUUCCCGCGAACAGCCGCGCGCCGCAGUGCGCCGGUACCCGCUCGCCCCUCUCUCACCGAGGAGCAGCGCAAUGAGGUCAACGAGGCCUUCGACCUCUUCGACUCGGACAAGGACGGCUUCAUCGACUACCACGAGCUCAAGGUCGCUCUCCGCGCUCUCGGCUUUGACCUCAAGAAGCAGGAGGUCCUGCGCAUCCUCCGAGAGCACGACCGCGGCAAUGCAAUGGUCGCAAAGGCGGACUUCGAGAAAGUCAGCGUCGCACUGCGAUCUACGAUCUACCGCCAGUCGCGACCGAGCUACCGAGCCGACCAAAGGAAUCCCGCCGUUCCAGACAUCUCAGAGAAGACGAUGCAGAUCCCCGAACCGGAAGCGGUGACAGAGAAGAUUCUAGCACGGGAUCCGCUCGAGGAGCUCCGGCGCGCGUUCGCGCUCUUUGACGACGACAAGACGGGCCGCAUCUCGCUGCGCAACCUGCGCCGUGUUGCGAAGGAGCUAGGCGAGCAGAUCGGAGAUGAGGAGCUGCAAGCGAUGAUCGACGAGUUCGACAUGGACGGCGACGGCGAGAUCUCGCAGGAGGAGUUCAUCGCGAUCAUGAUGGACGGAGAAUAG